AUGGAUGCCUUCACCCUGGAUAUCAUCUUCGAGCCUCUCCCCCAGCGCUUUAAGGACCCUACACUGGAAAUGUACGGCGGGACCUCAGACCCUGACGACCACCUGGAAAGUUUUAGAGCGCUCAUGAUACUUUACGGGUAUUCCAAUGCCUUGACGUGCCGGACUUUCCAGGCCACCUUCAAAGGAGCUGCCCAUCGUUGGUUCUCCAGCCUCCCACCUCGGUCAAUCAGUUCGUGGGAGCAUUUCUCCAAUUUAUUCCUCACUAGCUUCAUCAGCAGCAGAUGGUGCCAGAAGAGCGUCGUCUCGCUGAUGUCUAUCAAGCAAAAGAAGGGAAAGAGUCUGUGGUCCUACAUCGACAACUUCAGAAAGGAAGAACUUGAGGUCCAUGACCUCAACCCCAUGGUCUCUAUGCACACGACCAUUAAUGGACAUCGUGUCGGUUUGGCACUGAAGUGCUCGGUUGCCAAGACCCUGCCAAAGGCAAAGCUAGAGUUCCUCAAGAAGGCCCAAAAGUAUAUUGUGGCCGAAGAGGCUUCAUCCGAGGACCACCAGGAAAGGGAAGUCGUGCGCCACAAUGGGCCCCCUAAGAAGAAGAGGAAGGGCGGAGAUAACCACCACCACAACAACAACAGCAGCAAGGACCACGAGAAGCCACCGGCCUCGGCCCUGUCUUACAACCAAUACACACCACUCAAUUCCACCAGAAUGCAGAUACUGAUGCAGAUCGGGGAAGAGAAGUUAACAAGUGGCCUGAGAAGAUGA